CUUGUAAAAUGGAGCCUACAGAAAGCCUUAUUGAAGGCAUUGGGGACGAGCUGCUGUGGACUUUUCUCUCUCUAUUUGUAAUCUUCCUGCUCAGCGUGUGGUACCUGUUCUGUACUGAUAGUAGGAGAACAGAGAAUGUCCAUCCUGAACAAGAAGAAGUAGUAGAGAGAGUAAGAGAGCAACUAAGAGACAACCAACAGCAACAAGAAGAAGAAGAAGAAGUCAAUGAAGACUAUGAUCCUGAUAAUGCUGAACUCCCUCAAUGCCCAGUCUGCCUUGGACCUAUAACAUACCUAGCAGAGACUAACUGUGGUCACAGGUUUUGUGCCCAGUGCAUACUAAUGUACUGGAGGACUGAUAGGUGGCCUAGGGCCUGUAGGUGCCCUGUCUGUAGGAGAGAGGUUAAUAUCCUAUUGACAUUGCCUCAGUUGGAGACUAAUGAGAGAUAUCGUGAUUUAACGAAUCUAAUGAGUUACAUAUAUGACAUACCUACAUUACUACGCUACCUACUAAGAGACUUAUUCUCAGUCCAUGGUCUAAUAUGUAUUCACAGGUUACAUAUUUUAGCAGUUUUAGUACUGUUGCUAUUGUAUUUGUUCAUUCCUUUUGAUCUGCUCCCAGAAUCAGCUAUUGGUCUCAUUGGUUUGAUUGAUGAUGGACUUGUACUACUAACUGUUAUUAUAUAUGUGACUUUAUUGUAUAGAUCUUAUGUUACUAACAGAGCUAUCAAUUAAAUAUA